UUCAAAGGACCGAAAAAUAUUUGGCGCGAAUCUGAUACCGAACUACCAACGGAUAUUUACUCGAAUGAUCAUCUAAAAACGAAAAUACAACGAAUAAAACCAACUAACUUUUCAAUCUUCACCUUAAUUUCCUACCACAUUUUCAUAAAUUUUCCAAUGAAGGAACAUUUGUUACCAUGAUAGUCAAUUCACUUUCUAAAAUCUUCAAAUUUUAUCUUCUAUUUUUCAUCUUCUUCACCAUUAUAUAUGAACAGUCUCUCACACAUUUCCAACUUACCCUAAAAACCACAUUUCUUAACUUCCUCAAUAAAAAAAGAAAAGCUUCACCCUUUAAUUUUUAAUUUUUACCCUCAACCCCAAAACAAAAACCCCUUCCACGAGGGCAUAUAGAAAAACAAAGACCCAAUCUUUUUCUUUCCCUUCCCCAAUCUCUAGAUGACAAUCCUUCUCCAAUUUUCCUAACGAUACAAUUCUUUUUAGAUCGAUUACAAACAAACAAACAAACAAAAGGAUCAAUUUUUCUUUCUUAUGAACACUCUGUUAUAAUGGCAGAGACAGAGAAUCUAGAACUGAGUCUUUUAUGUACAGAGACCAACGUUGAUGAUGAUGAAGACAAGGGCAUGAUUGUUGACAAAACUCCGUUUCCUCAGAUGGGUUUAUCUCAAUCGGAGAGUGAAGAGUUUAUCAAAGAGAUGGUGGAGAAGGAGAAGCAGCAUUUGCCAAGUGAUGAUUACAUCAAGAGACUCAGAAGUGGAGAUUUGGAUUUGAAUAUUGGAAGAAGAGAAGCACUCAAUUGGAUUUGGAAGGCUUGUAAGGAACACCAGUUUGGACCAUUGUGUUUUUGCUUAUCAAUGAACUACUUGGAUCGAUUCUUAUCGGUUCAUGAUCUGCCUAGUGGCAAAGGUUGGAUAUUGCAGUUGUUGGCUGUGGCUUGUUUAUCCUUGGCAGCCAAAAUUGAAGAAACUGAAGUUCCAAUGUUAAUUGAUCUUCAGGUUGGAGAUCCUCAGUUUGUGUUUGAGGCUAAAUCAAUCCAAAGAAUGGAACUUUUGGUGCUGAACAGAUUGAAAUGGAGAUUGAGAGCAAUAACUCCAUGCUCAUACAUAAGAUAUUUCUUGAGAAAGAUGAAUAAAUGUGAUCAAGAACCAUCCAACACAUUGAUAUCCAGAUCACUACAAGUGAUAGCCAGCACAACCAAAGGUAUUGACUUUAUGGAGUUUAGACCUUCUGAAGUUGCUGCUGCUGUGGCACUUUCUGUUUCUGGAGAAUUGCACACAGUACACUUUGACAACUCUCCUCUUUUCUCACUACUUCAAAAGGAGAGAGUGAAGAAGAUUGGGGAAAUGAUACGGAGUGAUGGUUCAGGCUUAUGUUCACAAACACCCAAUGGGGUUUUAGAAGUAUCAGCUUGUUGUUUCAGCUUUAAGACCCAUGAUUCUUCUUCUUCUUAUACACAUCUUUCUUAGAUUUUCUCUGUUUUUUUUUUCUUAAAUUAUUAUUAUCAUUAUGAUAUCUGAUGAGAGAUUGAGAGAAAGAGGAAAAUAUUCAAAGCAAAAUUUUAAAAAUAAAUAAAAAUGUAUCAAUU